AUGGCAUCAUCAUCAUCAUCACACAUACGGUUUGCUCUCUUUGCUGUUUUUGCAGUCUCACUAAAGCUUUGUUAUUCCCAAAAUGAAACUAUAAAUGCCGGCUGGGGCAACGCUGGUGUUACUUGGUACGGUGAACCUGAGGGCGCCGGUAGCACCGGAGGAGCUUGCGGAUAUGGUCCGGCAGUGGCAAAUCCACCGUUUAACGCGAUGAUUUCAGCCGGAGGCCCUUCACUAUUCAACAAUGGAAUAGGAUGUGGAACAUGUUAUCAGAUUUUGUGCACCGGAAAUCCAGCGUGUUCAACGAGACCAAUAACGGUGACGAUAACCGACGAGUGCCCUGGUGGUCCUUGCGCCUCUGAGCCAGUCCAUUUUGACCUGAGCGGCAAAUCCAUUGGUGCUUUAGCCAAACCUGGCCAAGGCAAUCAACUUCGAGCCGCUGGUGUUCUUCGUGUUGGUUACAGACGUGCUCGGUGUUUAUAUAAAGGGACUACAAUAGCUUUCCGUAUGGAUGCCGGAGCAAAUCCCUACUACGUUGCAUUUAUCGUUGAAUACGAAAAUGGCGAUGGAGAUUUGGCGUCCGUUGAGAUUCAACCGGCCGGUGGAGGGUUUAUCGCCAUGCAGGAAAUGAGGUCCGCCGUAUGGAAGGUAAACUCCGGCAGUCCUUUGAGAGGUCCGUUCAAUAUUAGACUUACUUCUCGAGAAUCUCGUAAAGUAGUCGUUGCUCAAGCUGUUAUUCCAGCGAAUUGGCAGCCUGACCAGACUUACCGAUCAGUCGUUAACUUUUAG